UCACAAUCAACGGAAGUCUGGGACUCUCGAGUCAACUUGAUCAUUAAAUCGAAAUUUUCUGCAAGUUGUUCUAUCGCAUGCACAUUAAUUCAACAAUUACAAAUAACAGGAAUAAUUAUCAUCUGGAAGUCGAACUCGGCGAAAUAGGUGAAUACUUCUUCUAGAUUGGCAUUUCCUUCCUUUGGCUAGAAAACUGUAGACUGUAGACUGCCAGUGCUCAAGGCCAUUCAAACUCUUCGUCGUCCAAGAUUGAAGGUGUCGAGAUAACGAGUAAUUAUAAUUGUCAUUAACAUCUUUGACGCUGCCUGUUUUAAAACAUCAUGCCAAAGAAUAAAGGAAAGGGAGGUAAAAAUAGGAGAAGAGGAAAGAAUGAGAACGAGACCGAAAAGAGAGAGUUGGUGUUCAAGGAGGAUGGACAAGAGUAUGCCCAAGUGACAAAAAUGUUGGGUAACGGUAGAUUAGAAGCUAUGUGCUUUGAUGGGAUCAAGCGGUUGUGCCACAUUCGAGGAAAGCUUCGGAAGAAAGUGUGGAUAAACCAGGGAGAUAUUAUAUUAAUUGGUUUACGAGAUUAUCAGGAUGCUAAAGCGGAUGUCAUAUUGAAAUAUACUUCUGAUGAAGCACGUAACUUGAAAACUUAUGGUGAAUUCCCAGAAACUGUGCGUAUCAAUGAUACAGUUACCUUCGUCGAAGAUGGAUUUGAUGAAGACAUUGAGUUUGGUGAUGAAAUUAGUGACAAUGAUGAAGAUGAUGUUGACAAUAUCUGAUGACCUGCAGUGUAAUAAAAAAAAGGUCAUAAAAAUGGGGAUAUCUAUUCAUUUCACAAAAUACAAUUAUAUGUCAAAGUUUUCUUCUGCGAAUAUCUCAUUUCCCUAUAUGUAUCUACAAAUAAAUUCAGUUCAUGGGUAAUGUGUUCCAGUUUGAGUAGUCAAACUUGAUAUUUGUAAGUUUUAUAGGAACAUAAAUUCUUUUUUAUUAGGAAAAUUAUAGAUCAUAUUUAAAAUAUACUAAAUUUAAAUCUUACAUUAUUUCAUAUACACUACAUGUCAAAUUAGCUCGAUUUAUAUUUGUGUACAGAAUCAAUAUGUGUGAUCAGUUUUGUGACCAUUUCUCUGUAUUUCUCUAUACUUUAUACAUAUUAUCUGCCAACAAUACACGCUGUCAUACAAUGUACACCGUCAUUUAAACAGAAAAUAGAAAUGUACAUCACAGUGAGUAUUGUUUUAUAUGUUGAAAUGUCUCGCUCUAAAAUAUCCAUCGAGAAACGAAGUUGCAUAUGAUUAGAGACUUCUGUCAAACUUUGAGAUUUUAGAGCAAUUAGUAAAUUGCUAAUUGAUUAAUUAAAAGACAACUCCUAAGGAUAGCUCCUAGUAACAAAAAAACUAUUUGAUCUUAACAUGAUUAUUAUAGUUUGAUUGCUUUCAUGCUAUGUUGUUAAUGAUGAUACAAUCUUUUGUUACGAUGAAUAAUGUGUGUGCCAGAUGUAAUUUUCGGGACAUACGUUUUGUUUUGUAUUUCAGUGCAAUUGUUCAAUAAAUGUUAUUCUUCGUUGCAUCGAAAGAGGACUAUAAUGUGCGCUACAUUUCGACAAUUAACAUCUGUUAGUAACGAUGAAAAUAUACAAUAGAUCAUUUUUGUCUUAAUAAAAGAAUCUGGAAAGUAAUGUUAUUAUUUAGUUAUAUACAAUUAAGUGGAACAAUAAAAUAUAAUUAUAUAAACUCGAA